AGUUUGUGGCGGUCUCCCCUUGCUUCCUCGAAAUUUCUUUGAUUCUCAGUUCUCACAGUCACAUAGCGUCCGCCAUUGAAUUAUCGAGUUUUUUUCGUAAGUUAAAAAUACCUAUCCGAGAUUGCUCCUAUACAAGUUGUGACUCGGCCCAUGGACCAAGUAGGCCAUCACAUGAUGCAACAUCAACCACCACCCGUUCCACCUCCAACUGGCACCGGACCCCACUACACCAGGAAGCCAAAAAAUCCAAAGGCCAUGCAGAUCCCUAGUGAGAAGCUCACUUUGACUGAGGAAGCGAAAAUGGUGUACAAUUCCGACGUAAACGGAGGAUCCAACAGCAAAACCCCUGUCUCAGUUCUGCAAGAAUUGCUGAGCAGACGCGGCAUCACGCCGAAGUAUGAGCUCCUCCAAAUUGAAGGUGCCAUCCAUGAGCCUGUCUUCAGAUACAGGGUAUUUUUGAAUAACGAGUUCGUCGCUACCGGAACUGGCAGAUCCAAGAAAGACGCCAAACACGCUGCAGCCAAAAAUCUGUUGGACCUUUUGGUGGGAAAAAUGACUCCUGAGCAAGCUAAUCAGACAAAUGGUACACCCGGUGCUGUUGAUAUUACAGCCCAAGUUGUAUCUCCAUUUGACGACAAAGUUAUGGGAAACCCAAUUGGAUGGCUCCAGGAAAUGUGCAUGUCCCGCCGCUGGCCACCACCACUUUACGAAAUGGAACAUGAGGAAGGACUUCCUCAUGAGCGACAAUUCACUAUUGCGUGCCAGGUCAUGAAGAUCAGAGAAAUCGGCACAGGAAAGUCCAAGAAGUUGGCAAAACGCGUUGCGGCUCACAAGAUGUGGCAGGCUGUUCAAGAUCUGCCUUUAGAGGGCGCCAAUGCGAUGGGAUUUGAUAGUGAUGAGGAGCCGGGUGUCAAGCUCAAUGAUCCGUCGCCACGUUACUCUGGUUUGAAAGACAGCAAAAUAUCCAAACUAAGCACCCAGCAGUCGCACAAGGUUUCCCAAUUCCAUAAAGCUCUCAAGCAGUCCGCGGGCAAGAAACUGAACGAUUUGCAGACUGUGGUCAUGACUGCAAAGGAAUUCAACUACGUCCAGUUCCUUCAAGAAAUUGCCAUCGAACAAAAUUUCGAAGUGACUUAUGUGGACAUAGAAGAAAAAUCCUUGACUGGUCGUUGCCAGUGCUUGGUGCAACUGUCAACCUUGCCGGUGGCAGUUUGCUUUGGUACCGGAAAAACUCCGAAGGAAGCCCAAGGGCUUGCCGCUCAUAAUGCAUUGGAAUAUUUGAAGAUUAUGACCAAAAAAUGAGUUUAACGCUUCAAACCAGCCUAAAUUUCAAUAUUCAUUAAAAGCAUUUUAAAAUACCUAUUUGAAGGUGUAAACUGAGGAUUCUAUCCUCGUUCAGCUUUCUUCUCUAAGGUUUGUUUGAUGUCUACGCCUCUGCAAAUUUUGUUUUUUCGUUAGGCAGACGUCACAUUCUUUUUUGUAAAUGGUCACAGGGCUGGCCUUUGGUAAUUUAAGUUUAUAUUUGGCUGAUUUUCUUGUUCAACAAUUUGAAUGAAUUCACAUUAGGUAUAGCAUUUAAAGAAAUUGAAAUAAUUAUUAUUAAUGAAGAAUAAAUAAUAUUUUGCAAUAAAAGCUUAAAUUACGAAAGGCCAAACGUUUAUGUAAAGAGAAGGAUAGCGUGUUUUUUACAAGCUAUACUUUGCAUAGAAUUAGUGGUUUUUUUCGAGAAAAGUUUUUACGUUUAAAUUUUAAUAAUAAUAUUGCCUAUUCUUCGAUAAUAUGCACUAUAUAAAUAUUUCAUUAAGGCAUAAAUUAUGUGUUUAAAAAAAAAGUUUUUCGUGAUUUAUGCCAAUUAAUUGAUAGUAAUAUUUAAAAGGUGUUUAUUAUGAGUAAAAUAUAAUAGCUUUAGCCUAAUCACUAUAAUGUAGGCACUAGUGCGUAAAAAUACUUAUGAUUAUUAAACGCAUAUUAAAUAUAUAACGGACCAGAGUAUAGUGCCCCAGAAUAUGAUAUGCAGUCGCGUAUACUGUGUAAAGGGAGCAUUUAUUUGAUGCAAAGUAUAGAGGUUGUACCCAAAAUAAUAUUAUAUGAUAUAAAAAAAAUUAUAAAAACAACAAAAAAAAUAUGUAUUCGUAAUUAACAUAUAUGUCAAUAGGCAAAAUAAUGUUCAUUAAUGUAGGAUCAGCUCAAUUGGCGUACACCUACUUUGAUUACUCGAAAACGAGGGCAAUUUUUCUAUUAUUAUGUCUCCUUAAUUAGUAUUUUUUUUCUAGUAGGUAUUGUUAGUUAUAUUGAUGUGUAUGAUAAUUAAAUCAAUUGAACACUUAA